AAGAGAGGAAAGGCAGGUACUUCGACUGAAGAGGCCUUAACGGCUUGCUGGGUGGCUCGAAUUCUAGAGCUAGAGUAUCUGGCUCUUGUUGUCCGCCAUAGUUGCUGCUGGAAGCAUUCCUUCUCCUGCUUCAUUUUCACAGUAUCCAGUUACUGGUGUGAGCAAUAUUCACCUUUACUUGGGGUGCGA